ACGACCUUUGACCCCCCUAGCUCAGCGUCACCGUCUCUGUGCGACGUCAUCGAAAAUGGACAGUUGCUAAGAUGCGCACGCGCGUCCAUUUGUCAACAUCAUCAUGAGCGGCUGGCUGCUGAAUGGCGACAACUUGGGCUUGAGUUGAGCAGGUGGCGAAGCGGACGGCGGGCGACAGGUGGAGUCUCAUCAUGGCGGCGGCCGGCGGCGCCACCACCAAGAUGUCGUGGCGACUGCAGGAGUUCGAGGCUCACGCCGGUCGCGUUUGCUGCGUGGCGUUGGGCAAAAGCACCGGGCGCCUCCUGGCGAGCGGCGGCGAAGAUUGCAGAGUCAACAUCUGGUCCGUCAGCAAGGCCAACUGCAUCAUGAGUCUGUGCGGCCACAGGAAGGCGGUGGAGUGCGUCCACUUCAACGUGUCCGAGGAGCAGCUGGUGACCGGGUCGCAGUCCGGAUCCAUACGAGUGUGGGACCUGGAGGCCGCCAAGAUGUUGCGAACUCUGACGGGACACAAAUCCAACAUCACCAGUUUUGGUUUCCAUCCUUUUGGAGACUUUUUGGCAUCCGGCUCCACCGACACAAACAUCAAGAUGUGGGACGUGCGGCGGAAAGGCCCCAUCUACAGGUACAAGGGUCACACGGCGGCCGUCCGGAGUUUGGCCUUCAGCCCGGACGGGAAGUGGUUGGCGUCGGCCGGCGACGACUGCACCGUCAAGCUGUGGGACCUGAAGCAGGCCAAGACCAUCACCGAGUUCACGGCGCACACAUCCGCCGUCAACGCCAUCCAGUUUCACCCCAACGAGUACCUGCUGGCCUCGGGCGGCGCCGACAGGUGGGUGAGGCUUUGGGAUCUGGAGAAGUUCUGCCAGGUGGGGGCGCUGCAGGACACGGGCGCCAUCAGGUGUGUGCUGUUUAGCGCCGACGGCGGCUGUCUGUUCAGCGGCCACGCCGACGUCCUUGGCGUCUGUGCGUGGGAACCCGACCGCUGGCUAGACGCGGUGACGGUGGGCUGGGGACGGGUCUGUGACCUCACGCUCUGCAACCGGCAGCUGAUCGGCGCGUCUCACCAGCUGAGCGGCGUGGCGACGCAUGUGGUGGACCUGAAGCGUGUCAAGACGAGCGCCACCGCCUCUGAUCAUGACGCCGCGGCAGUUGUCCCGGGAAGGGCGGCGACGCAGUCGCCAUCCGCCGACCCCAAAGCGGGCGCGCUGCGCCGCAGCUACGAGCGCCCCGCCGCCGCGUGCCCGCCAUCUCAAGGCCUCAAGCAGAGCGCCGAAGCGGAGAGGCGGAGUCCCGAAGGAGAGAGGCGGAGCCCAAGCGAGGACGAGGCGGACGAGAAAGUUUCGUCGGCUGAAAUCCACAAUGCGCAAGACUACCGGGAAAUUUUCCAGCCCCGCAACGCCAUAUCUCGGACACCUCCCAGGAUGUCGGAGCCUUUUCCUGCGCCGCCCGAGGACGAACGGCCCCUCAACAACGCGCCGCUUUUUCCCGAGCAGCGGCCGGGUUCUCCGUCAGCCCUGCCCACUCCCGUCCAGAGGGUGGAGCCAACAGUGGUCGCCUGUGUGAAACGCCCCGCCCCCUCUGCCGUGGGCCAGGUUUUCCCCACUAGCGAGCAGGCCCCCGUGCCACCGCAAAUCUUCCCGAUCGGCAGGAACGAGCCGACGGGCCUCAACGUGGCGGACUUCCUUUCGGGCCGUCGUUGUGGCAUCCUGAACGAAAACGAGGUUUUGAAUCACAUCCACAACGGUCACGCCACCAUGUGCGUCAUGCUCAGCAACCGACGCAAGAACCUGCAAAGUGUUAGAGACGUGUGGGCCCGCCAGGGCAUCAAGAGCGCUCUGGACGCCGCAGUCUCCAUGAAUGACCUGUCCAUCGUCGUGGACGUCCUCAACAUUAUCAACUUGCAGCCGUCGCUAUGGAAACUGGACGUGUGCGCGACGAGUCUUCCUCAGAUUGAUAAACUGCUGCAAAGUAAAUAUGAAAGCUACCUGCAGUGCGGCUGCACAUCCCUGAAGAUCAUCAUGAAAUAUUUCUGGCCGCUCAUCUGGGAAACGCUGAGGGCGGGGCCCUCGUCGGUGGGCGUGGAUGUCACGCGAGAGGAGCGGCAGCAGAAGUGCCGCGUGUGCUGCAAGCGUCUGCAGAACAUUAACAACGUGGUGAAGAGCAAAGCGGCGCAGGUGGGCAGGCACGGCUGCGCCUUCGGGGAGCUGCGGAUGCUCAUGGCGCCGCUCGACCAACAGCCGUCCCCGAACUACUAUAUGUAGAAACACCGAGUGUAUCCUCGCCUAUAUAGUGAGUCUGGGAAGCUCGUAGAAUUUGGGCAUGAUACCAAUUCAGGAAUAGGAUUUUUUUAGAUAGUGUGCUACAGAGAAAAUCCCCUUGUCGUGAUUAGGGAGUCGUAGUGGCGUGCACAAGGGGGUGGCACAGUGUAUAUCCGCCCCCGACAGCUGUAACUGCGUUGGCAAUCAUUUAUCUUUCCUGAAUCACUAAAUCAGUUUUUUCCCCCCAUCCACUGUAUGAAAAAUCCCAAUGUUGUGGUUCGGGUUCACGAUUCCCAACGCGGUCCGUGUCAUCGACACACUUUGACGAUGGCAUCAAUGCAGUUUGACGCAUUUUGGAAAUAAAGCAUUGAAGAGGACUUUGCACUGUGGUUAUGUGUACAUGUGUCAACACAAUUUCAUUUUUUAUUUUUUGAUCUGGUCUUCUUCUGGUGUCCACAUACAUCGUGUCAGCUAUUCAGUUUAUAUAAUGGCCAGCCAGUGCUCGGUGCAUUUCUCUCUCUUAGUGUCGUUGAGUGCGAGGUCCUUUGCUGUGCAGUUGCCACCUAACAGGGGGCAUCCAAGGAGGUGCCCCACGGUCUGGGGUUCAGUGAGGUCCGAGGUUCUAUGCCCCACGGUGUGGGGUUCUGUUCCCCACGGUCUGGGGUUCAGUGAGGUCUGAGGUUCUGUGCCACAAAGGUAACCCCAUCUGCUUCUGACUUUUCUGGAACGGCCUGAGCGGAGUGGGUUCAGGCACUUUCAUUGAGUCCAUUUGUUUUCUCCUCGUGGGGGGAUUUCGGCAGGGGGACGGGUAUGGUCGAGCCGUGUGGGUGGUUGGACAGCUUUUCCUUCUCCACGUUAAGGCGAGCUUGAGAAGGUGUUGUCUCUCGUGGAGCGGUGCUGGUCAGGAAACUCUGUGAUUGGAGUGGACCGGGGGCAGGUACGCGGUCAUGUGGGGGGGGGGGCCUCUCAUCUGUGGCUCGCCUACGCCACUCUUCCCUGCUGGCCGCCGCCCGACUGACGUCUGGAGGGUAAUAGGUCAUCGGGGUUAGCGGGGUUCAGGCGCUCAGUGAUGCGUGUGCGCCUGACGUUAAGAGCGGGGUCAAGUUUUCCAAAUCCGCCAGGAAUGCUCGUGAGCAAGAUAUCACGAGGGUAGGAAUCGCUUGCCUGAGGCUUUCCAGUUUCCAGCUCUUAAAACAAGCACGAGAGCUCUUCUAGUUCUACUGCGGUACAGCAGUCAAUCAUAGUGCAGCGGCGUGUGUCCGGGAGCAGGGCGUGUCCUGCCAGGAACGUGCGUGGGAAUCAUACUAAUCACGCUUUGUGGUCACAGCGAUGGCAAAGUAGCGUUGAAAGACGCUACAUUUCCCCCGGCAGUUGUAAACGUGAACUACGACGUCAGCCCUCCAUUUUUGUGGCCUCCUGGAUGAGUCGUUGCUGUUCUCUUGGGCUAAUCUUUGUAGGCCGGCCACGCCUGGGAAGGUUCACCACUCUUCCAUGUUUUCCCCAUGAGAGGAUAAUGGCUCUCCCUAUAGUUCGCUGGAAUUCUAAAGCUUUACAAUGGCUUUUGUAACCCUGUCCAGACUGAUAGAUGUCAAUGACUUUAUUCCUCGACUGUUCUUGAAUUUCUUUCACUUUUUGUGACAUUUUUGUUUGUUGGUGUUCCGUGAGAUUUUUCUCAUGUAAAAUGUGUGCCUUGGUUCCAUACAGGUUGGAAAUCACUGCUCUAGUCAGAUCGUGUAUUCUAAUCAGUCAGGUCAAACCAACAUUACGACUUGACAGAAAUAAUGGGUGCUAAUUUACUGUAAUGAAAUGACUUCACACACACCAAAACUUUAGCGCAUGAGUCGACAGAACGCCGGCAUGUUCGCUGACAACCGUUAGUGCUAUCACUAGCUUGCUAGGCUACACGUAUCGUAUUAAAAGUACGUGAACAUCCCUCAAGCGAGCCUUAAACGAACGUCCUCUCUCGAGCACCGGUGACCACCAACACACGUUUCCCCCCAUUUUGUUCCUAUAAACACACGGCGCGAUCCGUUAUUGUUGUCGUCGCCAUGGUAAAGAGUGUAUCCGGUCGUGUUUUGAGUUGACAAGAUGAAGCCCAGUGAUUGUAAAAGAUGGGAUGUGGAAGAUUUCAUUGCAGUAGUCUGACAAAGUGCAAUCGUGAAAGACCAAAUUUGUCUUUUAGUCUGAUCCGCGCAUUACGUGUUGUCUGUCCCACUCCGCCUUUUUUUUAAUUUUUUUUUUUAAGUAACUUUAUUGGAUGUCAGAUAUUUACAGUACUACGACAAAAGACACGCGACGAGGCUAAAAAUGAACUAGCUUUUGGAUUCAAAUAUACUGUACAAGAUGGCGAUGCGUAGAUCGGCGAAUUAUGACAGUCGAUCAGCCGAUCAUCAUAAAAUGCUAAUUAUCGGCCAAUACCGAUCAGAUCGGUGUGAAGUCUAAAACUUACAUUUGUUUGAUGAUCUUAAAGAUUAAAGUGGGGAAACAAUGCAAAAAUAUAACAAUUUGAGAAAGGGGCCAAUACUUUUUCACAGCACUGCAUCAAUCAAAUAUGAAGUACCCCCCCCAAAAAAAAAAAAAAAUGGCCUUGCAACGCCACUGGUACAUUCUGUUGUCAACACCGGAAAAUUCACUGCGUAGUCAAGUUCUGACGUCACACCUAGCCAUGGGGGUGUGUCCAUUUUGGCAAUGAAAAGGGGGGGUUCCAAAGGCAAUUGGUUAUUUACCAAUUGUUCCAAAAUUAUGGGAACUGGACUGCCAGUUUCAUUUUCUUGAGAAAUAAAUAUGUAAAAUCUACCUGUUCAGCAUUCAAAAAUACAUUUGAACAAUUGUCUGUCACUGUGAAAGCGUACAAAUUCGGUACCAUAAUUUUUGGUGUAUUGUAAUGUUUAUAUUUGUCCUCAUUUAUGUAUGUUUUCAAUGUAAUGUAAUCAUAAUCAUAUGGUUCAGCAUCUAUCUUAUUACAUUAUUAAAACAUUUUUCCUCACAUGGUAAA